UAUUUCACAUUUUGAAGAGGAUUUAUGUUUUGAAAAAUACAAAAAUGCUUCCUUGUUUCAUUUAUGUAGAUCUACCUGUUUUUAAACAAUUGAAUUAAAACAUUUCAGUAAUAAAUGAAGACUAGCGAUGUUUCCAACAGAUGCAACCAUGCUCAUUUACUAUUGCAGCCAUCUUGUUUAUUUUUUUUAUUGUAAGCUUAUAGCGCGAGAUUCAGGGGAAGCCACUCUAACUUCCAGAUGGCCGCUUUUUAUAUAGCAAAUCCUGCUCGCAAACGCCACUGUUUAAAGGAUUGACUUAUUGGACAAUAUUUCGAGUCAUCCCUUUGAAUCCCGGUCAGAACGUCCCCCCGGCCUUGCCUCAAAUGUAAGAUAAAAGGCAUUUACAAUACCAAAGCUUAGAUUUAAACAAACAAUCUAGCAGAAAUUAAAGUGUAGAUAUUUUUCAAUAUAUAACAGCUUAUUUGAAAAUGGCUUUAAAAAAAAUGAAGGAAAGCACUUCUUCAAUUGGAGAUAUUCAGCGGUUAGACUUGGAUAGUUCCGGAUGUUGUAAUUUUCCCUGUAAUACAAAUACAACAGUAAGCCCUGAGCAACUUCCACUAUGCAGUACAGCUUUGAAAAUUGCAAUGCUGCCAGACAUCGUGUUGGGUAAAAUUAUAUCAUUUUUACAUUGGAAAGAAAGAGAAUGGUUUACAGCUGCUAUUCCGAGAGUACAGCAUAUUAUGAACUCUCCUCUUGCAUGGGAAAGAUUUGAAAAUGACCGAUGCUAUGCAGUAGAAAAAUUACACAUAUAUUUUCCAGUACUGGUUGAGCAAGAACUGAACAUAAUUAGAAAAUAUGGUAAAUAUUUCCAGUCAUGCACCAUUUGGAUACACAAAAUUUUUGAGACCGGGGAUGAAACUGACAGAGACUGUCAUCUUCUUGAAGCUGUUUCUCAGAACUGCCAUAACCUCAAGGCACUGUGUUUGAUGCAUCCACCUGAUAUUUCAGUAUCAAAGCUUAAGUCUUCAUUAAAAAAUUAUCUUCAGCCUUUGCAAUGUUUAACAACCACAUGUGGCUGCAACCUUAAACUCUCUUUGAAUAGAAUGUUCUAUUCAUCUAUUGAUACUCUGCGUAGUGGAAUUCUAAGCUUCCUGAUAUAUUUAUGUGAAAAUAAACUAUUAGAACAUAUUGUCUGCUUGGAUUUUUCCCAUGGCUUGGUCCUUGAUUGUAGCAGCAAUCAGUCAGUAGAUGAAUUACUACAAUGUGUAAAUCUCCAGACUUUGAAGUGCCCAAUACAAUCUUUAAAUACAGCAAUAUUGAUCAACCUAACCAAGAAGAAACUAAUAAACUUGUACCUAGUGAAUGAUGAUCACACUCAAGAGUCAGGAUUUAUGGAAAAACACUCACUUGAUUGGAAAGCAGUUCAAAAAGCAUUGCCAGAAAUAAAACUGGCAAUCUUUAAAGUACACUACAUUUUCAAAAACCGAGCCAUGUGCCAUGAAGACAUGAAUCCUAAUCCCUUCCUGCAGUCUCUUAUUUUUGAUAACCUGUCUAGUAGUAUAUCAGCCAAACUUUUAAACUGCAUUGCUGAUUUUUAUGGUGCAACACUUCAGAACUUAGCUUUCUGUAGCAACUACUGGGAGUUUUUGAUGCAUUUUACAGACCUUGGUAAAAUCAAUGAGAGUUUUCGAUACUUAGGUUGUAACUGUAUACAGCUGGAAUCAUUUUUAUCUUGUCUUUCCCUUCCUUCUUCGGCAUUAGUGCAUUUGGUGAAAAAUUCAAGAAAACUGACCACAGUUAGGGUGUACAAAGAAAAUAUUCGUUUAUCAACAGCUGAUAUGCCAGAGUGGCUUUUUAUAUUCAAAAUGGGGGCAGAACUUAACAAUCAAAACUGGGAUAUGAUUAAGAAAGGUGAAAAUAUUUUUAAAAUACCUAAUGUUGAUUGCCGACUGCUAUUUGCUAACUGCUUUAAUGAAUUUUAGCUUGUUUACAUCAGGUUUUCCCAGUUAAAAUUUUGUAAAUGGCUUGAAUCGUUAGUAUAUUUUUGUUAUUAUAGUAGUGUAUACAUUUUAAGAAAACA